AUGAUAGGAAAUGCUCUUUUCAACGUGGGCGAUAGUAGAACGUCACCCAUACCACUCAAUUACGGAGAAGCCCACAGAAACAUGACACCCCAAAAGACAGUACGACAUAACGUUAACCAGCUACCAAUGGAAGAAGCAAGAAGAAACGAUAUGUUCGACGACCCAGUGACAUUCGUGAGAGAACUGUCGUCACUGGGGGUGCCAGAGUUCGCAAAAUUUGAAAAAAGCAUAUACAGAAGUAGAUACCUGAACACGCCGGAGUGCCACGCACUGUUGAAUGUACAUUAUAGUAACCUGAUGACAAGGUACGCGCCGAGUCUGACGACACACCUCUCGAAAAGGUCGGAGCCGACGCUUAACACACUGAGCCAAAUCUCAAUGUUUAGCAGCGACCACGUUAAGAGCCUGACAGUGCUGGUGGUACUGGGAAACCACCACAACCUUAACCUGGAGGGACUAGUCGAAUACGUGUUAAACGUAAUGAGAUUGGUGUACAGAGCAGUGACGUCAGCAAAGGGAGACUCAGUGGAGAAGGCACGCACGUUCUACGCACUGCUGACGAACGCGAGCGGAACAGGAAGAGUGACACUGCUGUACAUGCUGCUGCUGUCAGUGCUGGAAAAACAACUGUGGUUCUCAGAAGGGGAAGUGAAGGAGGACGAAAUGUACCAAGUUUUUUCUUACAUGAUCUGCUGCUACGUCCAGGAGGCGCUGUCAGGAGAGCAGCAGGAGUACAGCGGCAGCAAGGGAGGAAUGGUGCCGCCACUUGCCUCAAAAGCAGACAUGUUCGUGAGGCACCUGAGCGUCUUGGGGUUCGUGCUUAAGUGGAAGAUGGCGCUGCCCUCAGCACCAGUGCUGCUCAGUUGCCUGCGGGAGUUCAGAAAGAGACAAGAGAACUCGCGAGGCAGCAGCACGCUGAGCCUGUGGGCGAGCAUAGUGCACCUGUACCUGGACCCUGAGGAGCGGGCGUCGGACUCGUUCAAGAUGCCGAGGACGCUCUUCGACGUGCUGCAGCACGGAAACGACGUGUUCCUAUUCACGCACGUGGUGGGAUGCCUGGAGCACUGCUUCAGGGACGUCAAGUUCUUCAACUUCGUGGAAGUUAACCUGAGCACGUCGAAGUUCGUGUCGCACUUCCUCUUUAACAUAUGGAGGUACAUCAACGACUGCAAGGACGACAUCGUCAACGAAAUGCUGGUCCUGGCAAACGUUAUCCUGGAAAUGUUCCCGAAGACGCUGGCCACGCUGUGCAAGCACCUGAGCAAGUACACGUACAAGGACAAGGGAGAGGCGCUGCUGACAGGAAACCUGGGUCCUGACAGAGACCCGAAGUACACAGACGGAGUGCUAAAGUCAGUGGAGGCGAUCUUCAACGUGGCGCUGAUAGGAAAGUCGCGACUGCAGAUGAGCGCAACACUCUUCCUCACGAAAAUCCUGGUCAACGCGGACAUAACGAGAGCACUGCCGAGAGUUAACAAGCUGCAGUACACGAACCUGAUGUUGGAGCUCUUGUCGCAGAAAGGGCACCAGGAGUACAGCUACUACCAGAAGGAGUACACGGGGCACGGAAGAGAGUACGGGACAGUCUACCAGGGAGAAGUGAAGGGGCUGGAGUGGCACCAGGAGGACAGCUUCAUAAGCGACCUGGCGAAGCUGACGAUGAUGAAGGCGUAUACGAAGUACUGCUGGAACGACUUAGUCUCGUGUCUGAUGGCGAAGCUAGAUCAGAAGCUGCUGGAGCACAAGAAAAGUAACGGAAAGUUCGGAGCACUAGAUAAGCAGUACAACUACACGGGAAGGUACGAGGAGGGGCAAUUCGGAUUCGGAGAUAAGCUGAAGGAGAAGUAUAAGCUGGACAGAGGAGGAGCUAAGCAGCAGAAAUUAGACAAGGCAGUGGACAGCGACGUGCAGUGGGUGCUUAACUACGUGAAAACGGAGUGCCUGGGCGCAGGAGGAAAGGAGACACUGUACUCAAUGCUGUCCUCAGGAACGCUCCCAGAAAAAAUACUCUCCUACGAGACGCUGAUGGGAAUGCAGCCGACAGCAGAUACGUUGGUUAUGUGCGGCAUGGCGACCAUGUACCGACGCUACGCGAGCUUCGGAGCACUCUUCAACAAGUACCUGGCGGUGAAGCAGCAAGGGCCGAGCGUGGACAGAGUGAUGUACCCAUCGAUGAACGCAGUAACGGCACAGUGCCACGGAAGGAGCUGGACAAACUACACACUGCAGCUGCUGGACACGCUGCUGACACAGUACGUGGAGACCUGCGACCUGUCGAAGCAGAAGCUGGUGAACAGCCUGCUGGCAACACCGCGCUCGUCAGAAGUAGACAAGGAAAAGUACUCGGCGCUGGAAAAGAGAGUUAAGGAGUACAAGUCUGAGGCGCACAGACUGCGAGAAGACUACGAAAAGCUGGCGCAGGACUCGGCGACGACGAGAGAGGAGUACGAAGCGAAGGUCUCGAAGCUGAAGGCGGAAAUGACAGCAGUAUCAGAAAAAAACAAAAACGACCUGCAGAAGAUGAGAGAAGUGGUGACGAAGACGAAGGCGACGCUGCAGCACCUGGAACAGGCACUUAACGCAGCGAACAUGGAAAACACGACCCUGAAGCAGGAGAACAUGAGAGUGUACGCAGAACGCGACGGACUCAAGUCGGAGUCGAGCUCGCUGAAAAACAAGCUCGCGCAGCAGAAGAGGGAGCUGGACAGACUGCCAGGGCUAAUCAAGGAAAACGAAAACUACUACACGCACAACAAGAAGCUGCAGUUGGAGCUGGAUCGCAAGAGUGAGGACCUGACACAGAGCAACACGAGGCUCGAGUCGCUCUACAGGAUGCUGAUUUACCUGGCGGACAAGUACAAGAGCAGCAUGGAGCACCACGAACGCGUGAAGGAGGAGGUGAGCGCGCUGAAGCACCAAGUGUCGCAGCUGACGGCGAAGAUAGGACGCCUGGAGCAGGACCUGAGGGAAAAGGAGAGGCUUAUUUCCGACCUCACGAGAAAUAAAUCGGUAAACGAGUCUGAAUUAGCACGCCUGAGAGAAGAAAUAGCAAGGAAAGAAGAAGCAAUAGCAUCAGCAAACAGAAAAGCAAAGGAGUAUAAAGAUAAGGUGGAAACCUUAGCAUACUCAGUGCAAAAGAAAUCAGAAGCACUCCAAUCAAUACAGCACAGAUGCGCGGAAAUUGAAAGGGAGUUGACGGAAAGAAGAAACCACCUCAACGCAAUAGAGUCGACAUUCAAUUCUAGAGCAUUGAUCACAUAG